UCGCUCCGGAAGUAGUCUCUUCGACCCUUUCUAGGAGCCGGUGUGGGAAAAGGAAACGGAGAGCUCUGUUGCUCCACGUGCGGAGAGCUCGCGGGAAUGGCUGCCUUCUUUGUCGAGGACCUGCUGGCGCGCGCCGAAGAACGCGAGGCGGACACCCAGCGCAGCGUGGUGGUCCAUAAGGAGCUGGAGUUGGAGUUCGACGUGGGCAACUUGCUGGCGGUGGAUAAAAAUCCGGCUCCGCGCGCCCUCGCGCGAGCCUCCCCGGAACGCGAGGCUCUCCUGCGCGCCUUGGCCCGGGAUAAUACUCAGUUGUUGGUGGGCCAGCUGUGGGCGUUGCCGUCGGAGCGGGUGGAAAGGGGCGCGGGGCCCGUAGUGGCCCGUCUGCCUGAACCCUCAACGCGCUUGCCCAGGGAGAAGCCGCUGCCCAAACCUCGGCCGCUCACCAAAUGGGAGCAAUUUGCGCGUCUCAAAGGCAUCCGCCCGACGCGGAAGAAGCGCGGCACGCUGGUCUGGGACGAAGCCGCCAAAGAGUGGCGGCGGCGCUGGGGUUACCGCCGAGCCGGCGGAGAUCCCUCCCGCGAUUGGCUCUUGGAGGUGCCGGACUCGGCCGACCCGCUGGAGGACCAGUUCGCAAAGCGGCGCCAGGAGAAGCGGGAGCGCGUCGCGCGCAACGAGUUCAAUCGCCUGCGGAACCUGGCGCGCGCUCACCGGGGCCGGGCGGUGGCGCCGGACUUGCACCCGACGGGCCACCAAGACCGGACCGAGUUGGGCCGCGUCUCCACCGUUGCCCGCGUCUCCACUGCCUCCCGCGGCCGCUUCCAGCCUCGCCUUCCGAAGGAGCCUGCUGCUGCGCAGACCAGCACAGCCCGCGGAAAGAAGCGUCGCUUCGAGCCGCUGCUGGGAGACCUUGAAAGGGAGAAGAAGCGGCAUCUGGAGUUAGCCCGCAGCCUGAGUAACAAGAAGCCGCCCCUGGACCUGACCCGUGCGGUCAACAAGCAACUCCGCGAAGAGGAGGCCGAAGCAGCCAGAGGCAAGGGCAAAAAGCGUGGGCAACGGGGCAAGAGGGCCCGACGGCAACAACAGAGACCCGGAAGCGCCAGGGGGAAGAGAAGCGCAGGGGCAGUUCGUAGAGGAAGCCAGAGGGCGUCUGGAAGCAUCAGCAGCAAAAGGAAAAGAAAAUAAGCCCUAGUUGGGGGCGGCGGGGGGCGGUGUACUAUACCAUCCCAGCUAAGUAGCAGACUGGAGCAGUUUUCUCUGUUUUACCUGAGGCUAUAAUAAAAUGUGGCCUUGAUAUGUUGAAAUUUAUUCUAACUUGACAUUGGCCUUUAACCCCCAAAGAAAUUUGUGGGGCCUGACUAAAGAGUGCAUGAAGACUUAACUAAAAACUGAGCAAUAAAGAUGAGGUAUAAAGCUACCUUUGGGAGAAUCUGCCCACUUGAAGAAAUGGUGUCAUGUUAGAUGUACUGAACAGACAAAUCCCUUUACUGUGAGUUGGAUUGACUGAAUGUUCAAAGGAUAAGACUGCAAAGGAGUUGAACUAUAUAGAAAUAUAUAGAAGUUGUUUAUAAUAAAGUCCUAACAUGCCUAGUUUCUUUUAAAUGAGAA